AUGCCAGAGACCUCCGCCAGGGGAGGGAACUACGGUCAAUAUCAGUGUCAAGCUUGUCUGGAUGCCAAUAAAGAAUGCGAUCUCGGAAUACCUACAAAUACAAUGUAUCAAGAACUCCUUCCGCAGUCUCAACCAACACAGUGUGAAAGAGCCAAGGGGAGUGGCACUUCCGCCCGCCAUCAUCAACAUCGUUCCAACUUUCCCCGAUUGUCACAUACACAGCCAUUAGAGCACUCCGAUCACCAUCAGAACAUACAAGACGGCAUCGCUCUCAGUCUAUCCGCAGUGGCAGGCGAAGACCUUUCAUUUUCGCCUCGUUCCAACAAGAGCACCCCGGCCCAGGAAGAAGGGUCGGAGAUGAUCCUCGUACGAUUGACAGAUACCACGCAGCAGGACAAGAAUGAACCUGGCCAGACUACCAAAACGACCACCGACAGAGUCUUAUAUUUUGGAGACGAGUCGAUCUGGUCUGAUAGCCUUCGAAGAGCUCGUAGCAGCAAAUCGAGGUAUCCUGAAAACCGACAGCUUCUGAGCACCACCCGAUUGGUAGUGGACAGUAACAACAUCCAUUAUUCAGUGCCUCCGACGGUCAGGGAUCAGCCGCACGACAUUCCACAGGAUGAUGAUCUCGACGUGCAGCUGGAAGAAAUCAACCUACUCCAGAGGAAAGGGGCCUUUUCAUUGCCACCUCCCGACAUCCAAAGGAAACUCCUCGACGCGUACUUCACCUGGCUUUAUCCUUUACAACCCAUCCUCGAUAAAGAGAGGUUUCUUGACGACUUCGACAGGGGUCAAGCACCCAUCAUUCUCCUCCAGGCAUUACUAUUUGCCGGCACCACCUGCUGUGACGAAAGCAUCAUCGUACAAUUCUGGCCAAGUCGCCGAGCCGCUCAAUCUACCCUUUACAGGCGGGUCAGAGCGCUGUACGACGCGGAUCACGAACAGGAUCGGGUCACGAUUGUGCAGGUUCUCUUCCUCAUGUGUUUCUGGUGGGGGAGUCCCAUGGACAAAAAGGACUUCAGCCACUGGCUGGCGGCAUCUAUACAUCUGGCACAAGUGACUGGCAUGCAUCGGUCAACCAAGAACUCUCAUCUAUCCACCAAAGACAGAAAGCUCUGGAAACGCAUCUGGUGGACUUUAUAUGUACGCGAUCAUUUCGAUGCUGCGUCCGUGGGCCGACCCAUGAUCAUUAAUGACGACGAUUGCGACGUUGAACCGUUAUGCCUGACUGAUUUUGAAUGCGACGAAAACGAAAUACCACCCCUAGGAGCUAUGCAUUGCAUUGAAAUGAUUAAAUUGGCGACUCUAAUCGGCAGAGCGAUUCGAGCCGUCCGAUCGUCCCGUCAAAUUCACAGAGAUCCUCCCAUUAUUGAAUCCAAAGGAGCCAUCGAUGAUGAUCUUUCGGCUUGGGAAAAGCAGUUGCCCGAGGAGCUACGAUACCGCGAAGGAGAAGAGCGUGGCCCACAAGCCAUGCUGUUUGCAGCAAUGCUCAUGCUGGGUCUGCAUUUCUGCCGGAUUAUACUACAUCGAAAAGGCUUCCUGGACUACUCGAAACAAAAGAACGAGACCACCACCACCCACUCAAUGGUCCCGGCGUCUGCCAAUGUCGUGACUCGUAUCGUCGAAGAAUUACUUAGCGAGGGUCUCCUGCCGCGGGCACAAGUACAUUUAAUCGCGGUGAUUUUUGCCUCCUUCACCAUCCAUAUCGUUUCGAUGGAGCAAAGCCAGGGAGCACGGAGGAGGGUCCUUCAACACAAAUCCAAGAUGUGCCUGUUAGGUCUUGCAGAGUUUCGAGACUAUUGGCCGUUUGUGGACUGGAUGUAUCGACUAUUCAGCAGCCUACUACACUGGCUGGAGGUCGGAGACAACAACGGCGGCGCCUCGUCAUUCGAGGGCCACAAUCAGGGACCGUGGACAACCACCACUCAGCUUCGUCCGGAUAACAUGACUCUACAAGGAGCCGCUGAACCGACGAACAACAGCACCACCACUGACGUUACCAACACUCUCGAUGAUAAUAACGACACGGCCAUGUCGUCUCUCCCACCACUCUCUUGCGAGCAAGCUGCAACAAAUUCCGUGCCCGAUGAUGCUCAGCCCGACCAACAUUCCGGAAUGCUCCAGCAAUUCAUGUCCGGCAUGUUGACAUCGGAAAACUUUCUUGACCCGUUCAUGAUGCCACUGCCACUGGAAGAUCUAGAUUGGGAAGAUCUCCCGACAUGGCCAACAUAGCCAACCAACCUGGUGGAGGAAAUCCCACAUCUUCUGGACGAAUUCCAUACGCCGUUACUUACCUAUGGUGGUAGAAAAAGGGUCGUUUCUGUCCCGAAGGAUGGAUUUUGUAUACAUCCCUUGACACCACAGAGUAAACUCUUCCUGUAUCUCAAUACAGAGGUCUUAUUUGCUAGGUAUCAAUGACUUCAAAUGUUGGGGGGAAAAAUAACUUUGUCCAACAAUGGAACUCUAGUCUGGAUGCCUUAUUCUCUAACCCCCUUUCUAAGGUUAUAUUAGCUGAAUUG